CUUAUUUAAAUAUUACACUUUUUGUUUUAGAACUACACGCGCAUGCGCGCGCGAACACGUCGUGAUGGAUACGUUGUGUACGCGUCGAACGUUCAAAGGAGGACGUACGUGUGCUUUACAAAUGUAUUACACGAAAGUGAAACCGUCCUGGGGCAUUAUGCAUGCCGUAUUCACACGGAGACAUAACGUUUAAAACGGCCGGUUACGCAAGAUCGUUAACCUUCGUUUUCUUUGAUGAAUACGUGAUUGGCUAUCUUGUUAAUGAAAGUACGAUGGAUUCAAAUUGGCACGUAAACCUUUUGGGCAUUAUAAACUAUUCGAUCAGCGAGCUUUUAAACGACUAUCAACGCGAAUCACACAUUACGGUCAUUAUGGGGUCGCAAAACGAGAUGUUAAUAAAACCAAACCGAUUGCAUAUUGGAAAUGAAUAUGUUGAACAGGAUUCAUCAGCGGCUUUUAUUCAUACUGCUGCCACCGAUAUUGCUUCUCUUUCGCAUUUACAUCCCUGUGGAAAAAAAACACGUGUGUCAAACGAGUUACAGAAGGAGUUCAAGUUACACGAGUAUUGAAAAAAUGCGUAUUUCUUUAAUUCGACUUAAAUAGUUGUCACGAAAAAAAAAACGUAAAUAAAUUUGAUU